AGCUGCCAGUCAGAAGGGCGCGUGCAGCGGAGGCUGCGGCGGUGGCGACUCCUUCUUCUUCCUCUGCGCCGCCGCCGCCUUCAUUCGGGCGAGAGAGGCAGAGAGAGAGAGAGAGAGCGCCUCUCGUUCGCCAUGAGUCCUGAGGAGAAGAAGAAGCCGCCGCCUCCGGCUCCGAGCCGCCCAAGAGUCAGCCGGACGCCUCAGCAGCAGCGGCGAGGAGGAGGAGGAGGGCGCUUGUCGGAGAUUAGGACGCCCAUCCGAACCGAGCCUUUCCGGGAGCGGUAUCUCCUCAGCCCCGGGCGCGAGCUGGGCAGGGGCAAAUUUGCAGUAGUAAAGAAAUGUGUGAAGAAAGAGACUGAAAAAGAAUUUGCAGCAAAAUUUAUGAGGAAAAGAAGAAAGGGACAAGAUUGCCGGAUGGAGAUCAUUCAUGAGAUUGCAGUUCUGGAACUAGCACAACUCAAUCACUGGGUUAUCACCUUGCAUGAAGUGUAUGAAACACCUACAGAAAUGAUUUUGGUUUUGGAAUAUGCUGCAGGUGGAGAAAUUUUUGACCAGUGUGUAGCUGAAAGAGAAGAUGCUUUCAAAGAAAAAGAUGUUAGACGUCUCAUGAGACAGAUAUUAGAAGGAGUUUCAUUUUUGCAUCGAAAUAAUGUAGUUCACCUUGAUUUGAAGCCACAGAAUAUUCUGCUAACCAGUGAAUCACCAUUGGGAGAUAUUAGGCUAGUAGACUUUGGCCUUUCCAGAGUAAUGAAAAAUAGUGAAGAACUAAGAGAAAUUAUGGGAACACCUGAGUAUGUAGCACCUGAAAUCCUGAGUUACGAUCCAAUCAGUACUGCAACAGAUAUGUGGAGCAUUGGAGUACUAGCAUAUGUUAUGCUAACAGGAGUAUCACCUUUCCUGGGAAGUGAUAAACAAGAAACAUUCUUAAAUAUUUCACAGAUGAAUGUAAAUUAUGCUGAGGAUUUUGACCUUAUAUCUGAAUCUGCUGUGGAUUUCAUCAAAUCUCUUCUAGUUAAAAAACCUGAGGAACGGGCAACAGCGGACGAAUGCCUGCUACACGCUUGGUUAGCACAGACUGAUGUUCAUGAUACUCUAGGGUGGAUUAGGACCACAGAAGAGGAGCCAAAUGCCACUAUUCUAAAUGAAGAAGAUUCUGCUUCCGAAACCUCUACAGAUGGAGAAAAAACCGAAGAAUCAGCAGUGACAGAAGAAUUGAUUGUAGUAGCUUCGUAUACAUUGGGCCAGUGUAGGCAGUCAGAAAAAGAUAAAAUUGUUGAACAGAAAACCAUUUCCAAACGGUUUAAAUUUGAGGAACCAUUAUUACAAGAAAUACCUGGAGAAUUUAUUUAUUGAAUUUCAUCUUAGUUUCUUCCUCUUGAAACUUAAAAUUCAAACUCUGGAAACUGCCCCUUCCUUUCCGUACAUAACUAAAUUACACAUUCAUAUACAAAAGUAAUUCUGAAGAGGAAGGGAAUGUUCAAAAAGUUAACUAGAAAACCGUGCCAAACUCCUUAUUUUUAUGGAAUUGAUUCAUGAGACGUAUCUUUUAGAGAAGAGCUAGAAGCAGUCAUUCAUUUUCCCUACAUUGUUUAUAUGUAAAGCUUUUGGAUUAUAUCUUCUAUUGAGAAUAUUUGCAGUUGUGAACUAUACUUGUUAGAUAUUUUUGUUAUCUGGACAAUCUGAUAGGUGGACUUUGUCAAGUCUAGCAAAACAUAAAAAGCCAUUAGUAUUUGAACACAGGGUGCCUUUAUUUAUACUAAGCUACAUUCUACAUCCUGGCAUCAUCCCUGGUGAAUUGUCUUACCUCUCCUCCUUCCACUUAUGACUGCCUAGUCAUGCUAACGUUCAAAUUCAAACUAAGUAAGUCAGAACCUGAGUGUGGCCAUUUUACUCUAGACUGGUUUGUAUCAACCAGGUCUGCACAACCUGUGGCCCUCCAGGUGUUUUGGACUUCAGCUCCCAGAAUUCCAGACCAUUGGACAGGCAGGCAAGAGCUUCUGGGGGUUGGAGUCCCAAACCCAUGGAGGGCCACAGGUUUUGCAGACCUGGUAUAGACUCAUCCAAUUUCUAUAUUACAUUAUAUGAAGUUGUUUUGCCUUUAGUCUACCUUGAAAGGAGUCCUUAUAAGAAGUAAAACAGUAAAUAAAGCAGUGUAAAUCAGCAUGUUGUCACUGAUGGAGUGGCCUUUUUCAUGGGUCUCUUGCUGUUUGAUCUAUACUAUCUCAUUCUGUAAACAAUAGUAAAGCUAUUUUGUAUUUAUCAGAUUAAAAUGCCACAUGUUUGAAUUUUCCAAUAUACAGAAAGUUUCAUAACUGUGGCAGUCAGUUCUUACUGUCCUGGCACUGAGAUAUGCAUUACUCUGUAUCUGUUUAGUCCUCUUGGAAGGCCGCCUUUUCAAAUUCAUGCUGGAGCGGGCAUGUGCUAGUUUGUCAGUAUUAUUUAUUUUAAGAGCACAAUAUUGUUAUAAUAUACGGAUGAAAGUCACAUCGAAGCCUUAUUGACUGAAUAGUGUGGGAUUUCCAUAAUUUUCUCCACGUUAUCAGAUCAUUAGCUUGCCUUUAGCAGAAAUUGUGCUGGACUUCUGAAACCUCUUAGCAAUGAAUCUGUUUCUGCAAAACAAGGUUUUAUGAAAUGAAGUUGGAAAUAAGCUAUUCUUAAAAAACUUGGUACACAAAACUUAGGAUACUAUUUGAUGCUGUCAGAAUAAGAAACCUUUUGAGUGUUUGAAUUCCGUUAAAGAAGUAUAAAAUCUAAAAUUACCUAGCAUGAAGGUAAUGUGUUAGUCUUAUGAGUUACAGUGGAUGUUUGUGUGAGCCUAUAAGUGGUCUGACUUUAUGUUUCCUGAGGAUCUAGCUAGUGUUUUUGACUAUUGAAUAUUAAUGGUUCACCAUUUGGAUACAUUUCAUGAAGGCCAUGCUUGAGCUAAGCUGCUGCAUGCCUUAGAGCUUGCACCAAGGGUCCAAUAUAUACUAAAAGAAAAAAAGUUAUUGGUUUUAGUUCUCCUGUCUAAACAGAUUGGUUAAAUCAGGAGAAAAAGUUCACUUCAUGUUUCAGAUUAUGUCUGUGAGGAGAUAAUCAAGCUACGAAUUCACAGAGCUUUGUAGAUUGUCUUUGCCAGCCUAGCCACUUGAAAGUUAGAUUAUUCUUCCAACACAAGUUUGAAAUGCAGAUUUUUUUUAGUUGCAGGAGAAAGUGCAUUUCAUUACAUUUUGAUUUGUCUUGUGCAAAAGAUAGCUUGAUAAAAUAUUUAAUUUGUGAAUGUUAAAGUAUGCCUAACAAGGCCAGUUUCUUUUAUGAUUGGCCGCUUGAAGACUUCUCUGUAUUCUAUAUUGUAUCAACUUGCUGUUCUUUAUGACGAGUACAGUAAUCAAAAUGUUUGCAAUAUGUGUAAUGUUACAGAAGUCUAACGUAACUUAUAAGCAACAUUUAAGUUCACCUAAAAUAGAAACGGUAUCAAUUUAUGUAAGGAUACAAACUGUAGUUCCAUAAAUUCGAUGCUAACGGUUUCUGCUUUGCUAAUUUGUCAUGAAGAAAAUAGAUAAGAAAUGGAAGAUUGUUGCAGUGAAUUGCUACCAGAAAUGAAGGAAAUGGAAAGCUUUCUUGCAAUGAAUGCAUAUUUUGAAGCCUCAUAAUUCAAAGAAACAACUUUCAAAUUGUACAACACACAGAUUAACCAUAAGCAGGAUAUCAGUGAGUAUAUGAAGUUGAGGGAGUGUAUGAAGAGGUAAAUUCUCCAAAAGCUAAAGGAGGGAGGGUGUAAUUAUCACCAUAUUUCUCGCAAUUCUUUGCAACCAUUUUAUAUUCUGAAAUGAGCAACCCGUCCUCUUCUGUGUUGAGGCUCAUACAAACUCUUGCUCCUAGGAAUCGCUAAGCUUCUUGAAUCCUUAUAUGACAGUAGAAGUGACAGGUGUCAUUUAUUUUGUAUUAAUGUUGAUAUCUGGUACUUUGAGUUGCAGAGUUAUGGUUCAAAUUGACAAGUGCUUUAUGGUGAACAUAAAAGGAAAAUGAAAGAGAAUAUGGAAUAAUGUGGUUAUUGGACAAUCCCUAAAGUGACUGGUGUAGCAAAGAAGUGCCAUAUGUCUACACGCUUCUGCAGAAUACUUUGUGAUUUUAGAUUUCUUUUAAUCACAUAUGGAUAUAUUCUUUUGUUGGCCAAUGUAAACUUGUUUGUUUUGAAAUGGGAAACUGGUCCUUCCAAUUCUUUAAUGGUGCUCUUUAUGGGUUACAAUUCUAUAAACUUCGACCCCAAGCCAAAACUAAUAUACUCAGGUUUUAGGGAGCAAUGUAACUCUCAGGCUCCCUGUUUUGCAUAGGAACUGUGCAUUGCAAAGAAUUGUCAUCAAGCAGGAUAAUUUAGAUGCUUGAUAGCGUUGGUGCCUGUGCUGUGCCUUAAUGGGAAAAAAUGCUUCUCAUCGCAAUAGCACUUGCUUCAUUGCAGUCUACUAGGAAGUCAAACUUGGAAGAGAGGAGACAUCUUUUUUGUUGCUAGCUGCACUCCUUCUCUUCCAAAUUAAUUUGUAUAAAGAUUAAUUAAAAUCAAUGAUACUUUUAUAGUGCAAGUUUGGAACUGCUGCUAUAAAUCAAAUUACUUCUGUUAGUAUUCUGCUUUAACAGGGAAGGUUGUUUCUUUUCUCUACUGUGGUGGCUUUCCGCUUGACACACACUUUUUUGCGUUCAGACUCCAAUAUGGAGGGGAAUUCAGUUGAUCAAAUAGCACUAAAAUCCAUCUGACUUAGCUUGGCUUGAGCAGGUUAUUUUACAUUUUUAUGUGCUGUCAGUCUGUUCCCAUAUUAAACCUCCAACAAAACUAUCAGGUCAUAUGUUAUACUGCUUAGUAGAACCUAAACUUCAGGGCUUGACAUUAUUUCUGUACAGUGAGAUAAAUUAUUUCUCAUUUCAAGAAAUACUACUACUGAAAAAGUAGCCAUUGAACCUUAAGAAUAGCUAAUGAAAUGUGUACUUAUAAUUCCUGUCUUUAAUACAUGUCAAAGUAACAGUGCUAAUAAGAGUAAUAUCUCUGGAGUAUAUAUGUAUUAUCUUGGUUUUUCAUAUUUUAUAAGUAACAUAUUUAAAUGUUAAGGGUUUAAUAAAUGGAUUCCUUCUUGUCA